AUGGGGAAGAACGACUUCCUAACCCCAAAGGCAAUUGCCAAUCGGAUCAAGGCCAAGGGACUUCAGAAGCUUCGAUGGUACUGCCAGAUGUGCCAGAAGCAAUGUCGAGACGAGAACGGCUUCAAAUGCCACUGCAUGAGCGAAAGCCACCAGCGACAGAUGCAGAUCUUCGGCGAAAACUCUAAUCGCAUAGUCGAUGGCUACUCCGAGGAGUUCGAGCAAAGUUUUCUCGAUUUGAUGAAACGAAGCCACCGGUUCAGCCGUAUCGCCGCCACCGUGGUCUACAACGAGUACAUCAACGACCGCCACCAUGUUCAUAUGAAUUCGACUGAGUGGGCCACGAUAACCGAGUUCGUGAAGCACUUGGGGAGGACGGGUAAGUGUAAGGUUGAGGAGACGCCAAAGGGUUGGUUCAUUACUUAUAUCGAUAGAGAUUCGGAAACCCUUUUCAAGGAGAGGUUGAAGAACUUUGUAUUUUAA